UAUCUGUUGAACGAAAUCAAAUAAUCAAUAUCUCUCAUCCUCUCUCUUUCUCUCCGCCUAUAUAUAAUUCCAAUCUACCAUUCUAAAUUCCCAAUUUCCAACACUUCUCUUUUACUAUUAUAAUUUACUCCUCUCCUCUCUCUCUCUCCUCUUUCCUCCUAGCUACCUCCAAGCUCUAAUUCAGGUUUGAAUUCUAAUGCUGUUCGUUCAAUCAUCAAUUUCUUCAAUGUCUUAAAUUCUUGUUGUUGAUUUGAUUUCAUCUCAGAUCUAGGUUUUGGAUUGUUGUUGGUUGUUAGGUAGUUAGGCUCACAUUUAUGAAUGGUUCAAUUUUGAAUGAGGUAGUUGGAGAUCUAUCAUGUGUUUGUCCACCUACAUUUGCUUCUACUUGGAAGCACGUAUUUGCUAUCGGUAGUAUAGUUACAUUUUAUCCAUCUUGAUUUCUACUUUACUUCAAUUUCAACAAUUUGAUCAAGCUAAGUGAUAUGACGAGUGGCAAUUUUUUUCUUUUUAAUCAAUUUUGGAAUUUUUGUUGUUAUCAUUUAAUUUGAUUUCUACCAAGAUCGUUCACAAUACAGAAAAUUGUAAUUCCGUACUUACUCGUUUAGCCUAGUGAUGUUUGAUAGUCAAGAUUUGCAGCGUAAAAUCAAGUUUGCCAGAGUUCCUGACACCAAAUCAAUAUUUUACAGGCUUGUUUUGAAUAAUAUUGACCUUAGUUGUAAGAGGCCUGGUUGAAUCUGCAACAUGGCCACCGGACAGCUGUUUUCUAAGACUACUCAAGCACUGUUUUAUAAUUAUAAACAACUUCCUAUCCAACGGAUGCUUGAUUUUGAUUUCCUCUGCGGAAGAGAAACGCCAUCAGUUGCUGGAAUCAUCAAUCCUGGCUCUGAGGGAUUUCAAAAAUUGUUCUUUGGUCAAGAAGAAAUUGCCAUCCCUGUACAUUCCACCAUUGAGGCAGCUUGUGCUGCACAUCCCACAGCUGAUGUCUUCAUCAAUUUUGCUUCAUUUAGAAGUGCGGCUGCUUCUUCCAUGUCAGCAUUGAAACAACCAACUAUUAGAGUUGUUGCUAUUAUUGCUGAAGGUGUUCCCGAGUCAGACACCAAGCAGUUGAUUGCAUUUGCCCGCUCUAACAAUAAGGUUGUUAUUGGUCCUGCUACAGUGGGAGGGAUCCAAGCUGGAGCCUUCAAGAUUGGUGACACUGCUGGGACUAUUGAUAACAUUAUACAAUGCAAGCUUUACAGGCCUGGAUCUGUUGGUUUUGUUUCUAAAUCCGGGGGCAUGUCUAACGAAUUGUAUAAUACAAUUGCACGUGUAACAGAUGGAAUUUACGAGGGUAUCGCCAUUGGAGGAGAUGUUUUUCCUGGAUCAACACUCUCAGAUCACGUAUUGAGGUUUAACAACAUCCCUCAGAUUAAAAUGAUUGUAGUACUUGGAGAGUUGGGUGGACGGGAUGAAUACUCUCUUGUUGAGGCCCUGAAGCAGGGAAAAAUAAAUAAGCCAGUGGUUGCUUGGGUCAGUGGAACCUGUGCAAGGCUCUUCAAAUCAGAAGUGCAAUUUGGUCAUGCUGGUGCAAAAAGUGGUGGUGAAAUGGAAUCUGCCCAAGCUAAAAAUCUAGCAUUGAGAGAAGCUGGAGCUGUUGUUCCUGACUCUUAUGAAGCGUUUGAGGGUGCAAUCAAGCUGGCAUUUGACAAAUUGAUUGAGGAGGGCAAGAUCACAACAGUGAAGGAAUUCACACCUCCACAGAUACCAGAGGAUCUAAACUCAGCAAUUAAAAGUGGAAAAGUUCGUGCGCCAACUCACAUUAUCUCAACUAUUUCUGACGACCGAGGUGAAGAACCAUGCUAUGCUGGGGUUCCUAUGUCUUCUAUCAUUGAGCAGGGUCUUGGUGUUGGUGAUGUUAUUUCCUUGUUGUGGUUCAAGCGUAGCCUUCCUCGUUACUGUACACAAUUUAUUGAGAUUUGUAUCAUGUUGUGUGCCGAUCAUGGUCCAUGUGUCUCUGGUGCUCACAACACAAUAGUCACAGCAAGAGCUGGAAAGGACCUUGUUUCUAGUCUUGUUGCAGGUUUGCUCACUAUUGGGCCUCGAUUUGGUGGGGCCAUUGAUGAUGCAGCUCGAUACUUCAAGGAUGCAUAUGACCGGAACUUGACAGCUUAUGAGUUUGUCGAAAGCAUGAAAAAGAAGGGAAUUCGUGUCCCAGGAAUUGGACACAGGAUCAAGAGAGGAGAUAACAGAGAUAAGAGAGUAGAACUCUUGCAGCAAUUUGCUCGCACACAUUUUCCCUCUGUAAAAUACAUGGAGUAUGCUGUCCAAGUCGAGACUUACACCCUUUCGAAGGCAAACAACUUGGUUCUCAAUGUAGAUGGUGCUAUUGGGUCACUCUUCUUGGAUCUCUUAUCUGGCAGUGGAAUGUUCACAAAGCAAGAGAUUGAUGAGAUUGUUAAUAUUGGUUAUUUGAACGGACUCUUUGUGUUAGCGCGUUCAAUUGGUUUAAUCGGGCACACCUUCGACCAGAAGAGAUUGAAGCAGCCACUAUACCGCCACCCAUGGGAAGAUGUUCUCUACACAAAAUGAAAUCUUUUCUGAUGGAUGGGUGGAUGCUGAUUGCCAACAUACUUAUAAGUUUCUAGGUUGUUCUACUCUGGUGGUUCUUUUGGUUCGUGCUGAAUUUCAAUGGUUUGUCAAAAUGUUGUAUGUUUUGCUUAUUUUAAGGUUGAGGACUAAUCCUCACUUUUAACUUGUAAGCCUUAGCGAUACUUGGGAUUAAGCCAUUGAAGAGAUCCUUUCUCGAAAUAUAAUCCACUUUUCUAGAUCUAGGUGGUUUUUAAGUUUACUAAAACAUAGUAUUUUGUAACAAUGGCAAAUUAAAGUGACAUUAUUGCUUAUUUGUUCUUUAUUCCUAGGUAAAGUGAUCCAUAUUAUGAAAAACAAAAUUCAGAACGACGACUAAUUUUUGAUUUGGGACGUGAUAUUUUUUUUGCCCAACUUGUA